AUGUCGGGUCCAUACCGGCCUGGAUAUCCCGGAAAUGCAGGAACACCAUUGAGCCCUGCUUCACAAGCGAAUCAGCCAGUCUCGUUCAAGACCGACAUUAAUCGCAAAAAGACGAAGAAAUGGGUAGCCGCGAAGUCUUAUUCCUACGACGGCGAUGACUGGGGGGAGGAUGAUGAUGAGGAGGACGAGGAAGAGGACGAACUAGAAGAAGUACCCCCGAUGCCAAAUACGUCACGUUUCGUUCCUGCCGCUCAACAAUCAGCACCGAAUCCUGUUACGCCCGCAAACUCGGCCAUCGAUUCUACGCCAGCACAAGCGCCAGCUUUUGUCCGACCUGUAGACAUAUAUAGACGAAUGCAGGAGGAGAAAGAAAGGGGAAUCGCAUCGGACGACCUUUCUCGAACAAAUACUGUCCCUACAGAAGGUGCGACCGCGUCUUUUGCUCCUACUCCCGCUGUUCAUCAAGAUGCAAGCCAAAACUUGCCACCGCAACAAUCAGUGGAAGACAAUGCGCGCUCACCGUCGCCAUUAGUCAUACCUGAAGUUAAGCGUCUGUCUGGGUUUGGACAAGACUUCUUUGGUGGCGCGAACCAACCCGAGCAAGCCGCGCAACCUACGCAUGGUCCGGAAGCCCAAGUGGCAGUUCAAGGUUCGUCUUUGCAUCAUAUUCCAUCUCUCGGCUUUACCUCUGUCGUUCAUCAAGCAUUCGAUGCGGACGAAACGCCAAAUUCCAGUACUGGAAGCUUCAGUCGCUCGAAUAGUGAUGGCACGUCUGUCAUCAGCCCGAUCAUCAGUCCGUGGAAGUCGGAGACUGACAAGACACCUACUAUUGCAGAGGAUCCUACCGCGGAAGCAUCUGCACACGAGCCACCUGCAAAUUUUAAACCAGGUCACCGGCGUGACCUGAGUGUCCCAUCACCAGGGAACGGACCAGAUCGAAUUCCAGCGCUUGCCAAUGCUGAAGAAGGCGCCCCCGCGGAGGUGGUUCGAUCGUCAUCUCAAGAUAGUUAUUCUUCGUCCGAGUGGGAUAGACCCGAGUCUACAACUGUCAGAGAGCAAACUGGGUCUGGAGAAGCCACACCUCGUCCCUUGUCGGCUGUUCAGCAGGGUCUCGAUCACUUGAGCCUAGUUCCUUCAGCAGAGAGUGCUGUCCAGCCGUCAAGCGAAGAGACUCAACCACGCGUACCAUCACCACUGCAAAUACCCGAAGAACAGCCACAUCACAUUCCACAGAUCGUACCACCCGUGAGUAUCGAUCAAUCUCCUGUUACGGAAGCUUCUCCGCAUGAUAUGGAGAGUGAUCGUCUUCGAAAAGAGAUUAUGCGCUCUUUCAGCGGCGACCACACACCGGGUGUUGUUCCUGCGGAACUCCCACAGGAGACUGAACCCGAGGCGCUUAAAUCACGGCCUCAACAUGAAAGUACAUAUUUGCCAAGUGAAUACGACAGCUAUUGGGGCGAGCAGGGAAUCGCUCCCACUAGUCCACUGCAGGUCAGAUCUGCUACAUCGCCCUCUGAMCCUGCCACUCUCGUUAUAAACCCCCAGUCAACUGAAAAUGUUCCAUCCAAUGAACCUGUGCCCAGCUCUGCUGCAUCCAAGCCACGUCAAAAAUUGAAGAAGAAGUUCUCAUGGGAAGAAUCUGACGAUUCGGAGGAAGACGUUCUUGAAGAACCCGACGUCUCUGCGCCAUCAACUCAGCCCCUGCAGCCGCCGCCAGUUCCAGUCGUGGCCCCGGAAGAAGAAACUGCGGAUAGUAUCCCAUCUUUCCAUGUAAGCCAGAGUUCUACCGGAAUAAAUCCAGAAGCCUUCGGCAAUCCAGACAUUCAGCCUUCCUUGCCUGAGUAUCCCUCAGCUGAGAAGGAAGUUCUUGAGCAACUCGAGCAGCAAGCAGAGCAGCCCCAAAGCAACAUUGAACAUAUCGCAUACAUUCAGGAACCGGAGCCUUCGCCUUUCGGUGAAAUUGAAAACAGUACCAUUCCGCCCCCAACGCAGCCUGUUUCUGCUCCAGUUAAUGAAGCAUCACUCCCAACUUUCCGUAAGAUCAUGGAGAUUUCAUCGCCUGGCGAAAAGAUACAGGUAUUCAACGACACGCGAGAGCAAUUUGCGCAUAUUGAUAGCGGUUUGUCCGACUGGAUUCGGCGCUCGAGUGAAUCUCUUCCCGAACAUGCAGAUCUGAUCCAAGCAAAUGGUCGUCUACCUGGCGGUGCACCAACCAGCGGUUUGCCUCCACGGGCAAAGUUUCCUAAACUGUCGUCUCUCGGGAACCUGUCAUUGCCAUCUACUUCAUCACAUGGCUCAGAUGGCUCUUCUUCUGGAUUCACUCCUGGUCACAACAGGCGUGGAUCAGGCUCGCCUAGUACCGGUGCCAUCAACAGAUCGAAUGUUGAAUCUAAAGGAAAGGACUUCCUCCAUAGUGCUGGAGCGCUCGGUGGAAAAGCUGGUGGAAAGGCUGCCGGAGCCGCACGUGGAUUAUUCGCCAAAGGCAAGAGCAAGUUGCGAGGAGCCGACAAGGCUGGGGAACCGUCUAUUGUGCAGGACGGCCUUUCGAUUGCGACGGCUUCACAUGAUGAGAGUAACUUGGAGAGUGUAGAGGAAGUGGACACUCCUGUCGUUGCGACUGGCGAUCAUGACACGAAAACUACUGUAUUUGAAGAAAACCCGAAAAAUAGCUGGAUUGAUAUUAGUGAAUCGCCCCAUGCAGCCGCCGAUGUCAUGCAUACGGACGGAUCUAGUUCGGCGAACAAUAUCGGUGAUUAUCCCGGAACGAAUACGAGUAGUCAAGAACGGAAUUCUCCACCACUCGCUGUCUCGCUGGAAGUUUCACCAACUUUGAAACACGAAGCGUCGCAGUCAGACAGUCAGGUAUCGCGAUUGAGCGAAAAUAAUGAUGUCCUUGAUGCAGCAUCCCCUCAACUCACCAUCAAGCCUGCGAUGCAACGACUCAAUCCUGAAAUAGUGAAUUCGACAAAUGAAAGUUAUCGUAGUCCGGUGUCGCCUCCAUUGCCUCAAGAUAGGAAAUUGAGUAUACCGGAGCCGGUGAAUCGACGAGAUUCAAUCAUCUCGCAAAUAUCAGAUAUUAGUCAAGAUGAGAUGGAUCGGAUCCGUGAAAAAUUUGACGAAGACGGCAUUUACGCAGGACUUAGGGAACCAUCACCCACGCGAUCUCAGGUCUCGGAUCUUACGGACGAUGAGGAUGAUGAUGAUGUCGACGAUGCCAUAAGAGAGAAGCUAGACGAAGCUGGUUUCCAUUCCGAUCCGGAAAAGGAUCAAUUGGGAAACUUUCCUCGCCCGCCAACUGCCUCCUCAAAUCAGCAGCCUUUACGUGUUGUGAGAAUGUCAAAAUUCUCUAUUGAUAAGAAGACCUUACAAAAUACGGAAGAGGAGACGAAGCGGUACUCUAGAUUUUCGUUUGAGGGCGAGGGUAACACCCUUGCGGAGGCGGCAGAGGAGAUGCUUGUUAAUGGACAUGCACGACGCUCGGGGCAGAUUGACCACCCUAGUCAAGAUGCUAGAGUAGAGGAAUCUCAAGUUCCUGUAACACUGUGUGAAGACGCACCGGAUGAGGCUCCGCCUCCCUUCUCUGAUAAUGAGGCUGAAUUUGGCGAAGACCGCAAGGAGCAGCAACCUCAACAACAAACUCCAGUGUAUAAUGAUGGUAAUCCGGAUUCCCGCGACAGAAAAUUUCUGCGAGCUGAAGGCGCCCAGAGUCCGCCUGGAUAUCGACCCAUUCAGCCCCUACCACCGUCGCAUAUCGAUACUCUGUGGAAGACGGGCAGAUUACAAGAUCUGCGCACAAAUCGCGACUCAAUUGCGUCUUCAUCUGUGUCUUCCAUGAGCAAUCCGAACAUCAACCAAAAUGCUCCUAGGAUGACAGUAUCACCUGAACCACCAGUUACUGGACCUCCUCAUAGUCAACAGCGCUUAAGUCACAACGCCAAACCGACUCAGCCACAAAACUUACCGCGCAUCGACGAUGUCACCGGAUCUGAGAGACCGGGAUGGUCCAUGUGGGCGAACCGCGGACGACACCAACCAUUGCAGCAGCAACAUUCUUCCAACAACGGAUCUGGCUUGAGUCCCCCAUUGCCCUCUGGUAGCUCCUCUGGAAGACGUGACGGGGAUAGCCAGCAUAGUGGCGACAGCAUGGCAGUGCAGGCUGCUGCUUCCCGUCAGGACUUGCGUACGACGCCGUCGCCGUUGAUGAAUAGUAGUGAGACUGCUUCGGAACAAUCUAAUCAUGCUAGAAUGUCUACACAGAUACUGAGUAAGGUGAAGUUGAUGGGGAAGAGGACUAAGGGUGCUCCGGCGCCUGCGAGUGUGCCACCGUUGGAGGUGGUUGAAGCUAAGCCUGUUGAAAAAAGGAAGGAGAAGAAAGCUGAUGGGAAGAAGGGGGCUUUGUCUAGAUUUGGGGGUAUUUUUAAUCGUUCCGGUCCCAAUCAACGGCCUGAGGAGACUGCUCAGCCUGGCAGAAACUCUGUAGGCAAUGAAAAUGCAUGGGGAAACGCCGGGUAUCCAAGCUAUCCGCCAGUGACAAACAAUCAGCAACCCUAUAUGGCAACAACAGCAUCGAGCCGACAUAGCUCCAUGCCAGCACAAGAUAAAGCACUGCCACCUCCGCCAGCAGGAUAUUAUGCUCCGCCUUCAAAGCCUGUCUACGAACCGCCAGUCAACUACGCGAAUCAGAGUCAUCCGCAGUAUGGGAACGCUUAUGAGGGUGGAUAUCAGCUUGCACCAGCACCAACACAGUAUGCACCGAGCAAUGGGCAGUAUGGGUACUAUUCAUCGCCGCCGUCUCAGUCGCCCCCUUUCCAGUCUCAACAACAGCCACAAUCUGAAACGGCGCAAUAUGCGCCAAGCAAUAAUUACUACGCGCAUCAUUCAUCACCUCCUCUCCAACCUCAACCACAGCUAGAGCAAUACGCGCCAAGCAAAGAACAGUAUGCAUAUCACUCACCUCAACCCCAACACCAACUCUCCMCCUCCAGCCGGUCCUACAACAACAUCUCCCCAACCCUCAAUAGCAGCAACAGCCGCGCCUCAAACGCCUCCCCAGAACUCGAACAAUCCCGCAGCCGCGCUCGCGAUUUGCGAAUGCGUUCCCGCAGCCCCCGACCCGCACAAAUGCGUGCGAUAGGAUCACGAAGCGAAAACGUCAACUACGCCGACCCAGCAUACAAUCUCGGCAAAUUCCACGCUGUCACAGAAACGCCGCGUAUUGGCGACCAGUCACUCCCGUUUCCGAUUACACUUCCGGACGACUUGGCGAAUGGGCAGUUGUCGCCUCGGAGUUCGAUUCAGCCCGAAUCGUCGAUUUUCUAUAAUCGGAAUAGAUUCUCUGCUGAAGCACAGCAGCACAAUGCGGGAUUGGGAUUGAAUCAAGCAACGCAAAUGUCUAUCGCGUCUGCCAUCGCUGGUGCUGGCCCUACCACCAUCACACCAAUGCCCGGACCCAAUCCUACUACACAAACCAAUAAUAACCGCGGUCUCAAUUCCGAAAUCUACGAAACCAGACCCGUAAUCGCCAAAAAUUCAGUUCCCGUUGAACUUCCUGUGCCCAACGAUCACGAUGAGGAAGAAAUCGUCAUGUCGAGUACCGCAUACCCAGGACAGGAAUGGCAACCUGCUGGGUUUGAGCAAUGGAUGCCUUAUUAG